UCGACAGCCAUAUCCUCCACUCUCCUCUCCCCUUCUCUUCACCUCCAGCCCUCCUCUCCACUCAUUUGCUGCAACCCUCCAUUCAUCUGGAACCCUGAACAAAAUCACCUUCAUCAUCAUGGACACCUCAAGCAACAUCCUCUCCAUCUCCGGAGCACUCUACCACCUGAUUGUCAUGAUGCUGACACUGGGUCAAGGCACUCAUUCAAUGCCUGUUCCUACUGACGGCCCUGUGUGCACAGCCUCAGAAACAGCCCAGUACAAGCUAACGUUUUUUGGCAAGUGGACCAGGGCAGCUUUCCCUAAACAGUAUCCUGUCUACCGUCCCCCUGCACAGUGGUCAAACCUCAUUGGUGUCACCCACAGCUCCGAUUACCACAUGUGGCAGCGUAAUGCGUUUGCCAGCAACGGAGUGAGGGAGUUUGCAGAGAAAGGCGAGGCCUGGACGCUCAUGAAGGAAGUCGAAGCGGCCGGCGAACGUAUCCAGAGUGUUUAUGGGGUCCUCUCCGCUCCCGCUGUUGUGGGAGGCACAGGCCAGACAAACACAGAGUUUGAGGUCUACGCCAAGCACUCUUAUCUGUCGUUUAUUGUGCAUCUCGUUCCAAGUCCGGACUGGUUUGUGGGAGUGGAGAGCUUUGACCUGUGUGACGGCGACCACUGGAAAGACAACGUGUUGCUGGAGCUUUUCCCAUACGAUGCAGGAACCGACAGCGGGUUCACCUUCUCUUCUCCCAACUUCGAGACCAUGCCACAGGACAAAAUCACACAGAUCACUUCUUCCUCCCCUAGCCACCCUGCCAACUCUUUUUACUACCCCCGCCUGAAGCACCUGCCGCCCAUUGCCAAGGUAAUGCUGACUAAGAUAAGGAAGAACAAUCAGAUCAUCAGCCUACUCGUGGAUCCCACCCAGUCCAACCAACUAACAGGAAACGAGAUUGAGGACACAGUCAUAAAUACCCCUCUGGACUGCGAAGUGUCAGUGUGGUCUCCUUGGGGCUUGUGCAAAAGCAAGUGUGGAGACUCAGGCGUGCAGCACCGCACACGCUAUGUCAUCAUGCACUCAGCUAACAGUGGAUUAGCUUGCCCCCUGCUGGAGGAGGAGAGGAAGUGCUUACAAGACAACUGUUUAUGA